AUGAGCUAUCUCAACGACUACCCAACCUUCGCAGUCGUCGAGGCCACCGCCGCCACUGGCGAAAACGCCUCCGUGGAGAACCCAUGGUGCCAACUGUGGGACACAGUCCGGUCGCCGGCCUUCGCUGUCCUCAGUCGCUUACAUCCGCACCGGUUCGAUGGUAACGACGCCGCCAUCAGCAGCCUGCUGAGCUAGAAGAGCCGCCUUCACAAAACCCACGUCGAUCGCCUUAACAACGACAACAAGGCCGUUCUCUGCCGUAGUUGCAACCCUGCGCAACAGCGACUGCGAGAGAUAUGGGACGCUUGGGCGGCUCGCAAGGCCGAGGAACUUCAAGGGUAAGCGGACCGCAACGGAUGGAAAAUUUCUUCUCUGCGAUCAAGGCUGUCCACGGUCGCCAACCAAAGGAACUGCUCCUCUUCUCAGCGCUGAUGGAAGCACCCUACUAACCGAGAAGACACAAAUUCUUCAACAAUGGUCUGAUCACUUCAAAAGCGUCCCCAACCGCCCCUCCACCAUCUCUGACGCCGCCAUCGCCCGUCUGCUGCAAGUGAAGACCAACGUUGACCUCGACCUACCGCCCUCUCUCCGCAAAACCAUCAGGGCCGUGCAGCAACUCUUCACGAAUAAGCUUACCGGAUCUGACACGACCCCUACUAGGAUCUACAAGAACGGUGUUCCCCAUCUCAUGGAUUAUCUGACUGCGCUCUUUCAGGAGAUGUGGCGUCAAGAAUAA